AGGCAAUUCAAGUCGUUUGACGCUGUAUGAUUCUAAUUAUCAAGAUUAUCGCUAUCAAUCCGCCUAGCAAAGUUCAGCUCGCACUAACCUUCUCAAACCGGCUAUUCAUUCUUCAUCCCCAGACGUCAGCUGUUAGUUCGUAGGGCUGAUCUCAACAUGGUCGGUUUUUGAAUAGCCGAAACGGGACAAUGUCAACUGGUUUCAAGGCAUGGCUGUGGGGUUUGAACCACGCUACACGUCACCAUAAGAUCGUCAGCUUAGCCCCAAGGUCUCCGACAGUUUGGGGGCUAAAGAUAGGACCUUACGAUUGGUUGAGGAUGGGGCGGAGGACCUUGCUAUCAGCAUGGGUAGCUUGUGAGCCAAGAUGCAUAGGCUUGGCGAGCAAUUAAUAUAAACCAUCCCCUUCGCUGGUAAGAUUAACGGACAGCAGUUAUUAAAAUGUCAUUUUCUACCCUGGUACUGGGUAUUUUCUACCUUGCAGGUGUGUGUGCCUCCUCUGUCUCUAGGCAAAUACAGCUUGGCGAUCAUGAAUACUUUGUUCCUCCAAGCCCAGCAUGGAAAUUGGAUUCUUGGAAUGCUUCGGCUGACCAUGCUGACGAGUUUACGCCUUUGACGGUUGUCAAGUUGAACCAGACGGCAAAUGCUGAGCAUGUUGCGUCUGCUCUUGGGGAGUAUGAGAAGGAUGAUGUCUGGACCAAGGAGUUUACCCAGGCUUUGUACAUCAAUUCUGAUGAAGAAUUGACCUACAAGUCUUCCAAGUACAACGUUUCAGCAGUGUAUACCGGCAAAGAGUCUGUGCCUGCGGGCCCAUACUUUGUGCAUCGCUACACUGGCAAUGUCUUCCAAGCAUAUCGCCUUCAUGUUGAUACCAACCAGGCCUUCAUCCAAUCCACAUACCAAGAUCCCUCCGGAACCCACCAUCCUCUGCGAGCCGCCACCCUCUCCGCUGGAGGUCUCACGAUCGCGGUACCCUCUCGUUUGUACUUCACUCCCACGAAAGAGAAGCCAUUAGCUGGCCUUCGCCUCGCUGUUAAGGACCUCUACGAUCUCAAAGGUGCCAAGACAAGUGGAGGAAACAGAGCUCUGUAUGAAAUGAGCAAGGUCAAGACCAAGACUGCCUUCAGCGUACAGAAGCUCAUCGAUGCUGGCGCUGUUGUCAUUGGCAAGAACAAAAUGUCCGAGUUCGCAUUUGCUGGUCCAUACGUCACAGAGCACAUUGACUACCUUCUCCCCUUCAACCCUCGUGGAGAUGGUUAUAACUCGCCUGGUGAUAGCUCCGGUGGCUCUGCUGCAUCCGUCGCUUCGUAUGACUGGCUUGAUGCUAGCAUGGGGAGUGAUACAGGCGGUAGCAUCCGUGGCCCUGCACUCCAGAAUGCUGUCCAUGGCAAUCGUCCUACCCAAGAUGCCGUCAAUCUCACAGGAGCCCUUCCUCUGUCAUCGGCCAUGGAUACCUCGGGCAUCAUUGCUAGAGAUCCUGUCAUUUUGUCCAAGUUUACCAGAUCUCUAUACGCUGGCACGAUCAAAGAGUAUUCUAGGCUGCCGUCCGAAGUCCUGUUUGACAGCAGUAGUGAACAGUUUCUCCUUGACCUAGAAAAUGACUCUCCCAAGGCCGCAAAAGCAGUGGGAGACUUUUUGAACAGCCUUGCAAGUCUAUUGUCAGCCAAUGGCACAGUCUUCUCAAUUGAUUCGGCCUGGACAAACUCUACACCAAAGGCAUUCGGAGACUUGGCUCUCUCAAACAUCGUUGGUAAUGUCUAUUCAAAUCUUACAAGUUACGAGCAGUGGAACGAGUUUGGUAAAGACUAUGUUGAAGAGUAUAUGAGUCUUCACGAUGGUGCAUUCCCUCAUAUGGUGCCUGAGAUUCGACAAGGCUGGUUAAACGCCAAUAAAACAAUGACCGAGUCAACCCAUGAAGAUGACUUGGCUUCCAAGAAGGGAGUCGAGGAAUGGGUAGCCAGCGAGUUUCUGACAGCUGAUAACAGCAGUUGCUCAAAUGCUGUCUAUGUUUAUCUAUCGGCCAGCUAUCCUUUAUACAAGCCUGAUGUUUCUCAAGAUGGCUCAAACCCGUAUAUCCGAGAGCUUUUGCAAGCCAGUUCAGACCAGCAGACUCUGAUCACUCAACUCAACACGACCGUGAACUGUAACUCAACCCUUGGAUCUGAAGAAGCUUGUGAGGAAUCAUUGGAGGCACAAAAGGAAGAGUCCAGAAACCCCGGUACUCAGACCGUAUACGCCGGAAGACUAGCCUCUGUCGCUGGUCUCCCAGACUACGCAGUCUCGCUGGGCAUGUUUGACCUGGGCUCAUUCUCCAAUUCGACUCUCCAAAACGAGUCUGUUCCUGUAGGAGUCAACAUCAUGUCAGCAAAAGGCUGUGACUUUGUAAUUCUUGACAUCAUCGAAGCACUCCACAAAGAAGGCGUUAUAAAGACGGCCAAGACUGGUAAAACAUCAUAAAUAGUAUAGAGAUAGCCAACAAUUGAAGUCCCCAAUAUCACCCCGCAGUUGGAGAUCAGCGGACCACAUCACC